GAAGAAAAAGACACAAGAUCCGAUUACAAGAUGGCGGUCCAUGGCGGAUAGAAGAACGGCCGACAUAGCUAGUUGUUGUGUUUGUAGCAGUGUAGUUGUAGUUAUUCGGCAGUACAUGCAGAAAUUCUAUUGUUGUAUGAUUUUAAGCCAUUUUUGAAGUCAAUAUACAUGUACUUGAACUAUUUGACGGCAGUGUGGCUGGAACAUGCGGGUAGUUAUAAAGUUUGAAGCUUUGGGUUGAGAAAUACGUUUAAUUGAAAUUAGGGUGAAGCUGUGGCUGAGGUUAGUAAAACGAUGUCGGACACUCGGCGGCGUGUAAAAGUGUACACGCUAAAUGAAGACCGACAGUGGGACGACAGAGGAACAGGACAUGUUUCAUCCACUUACGUCGAACGAUUGAGAGGAAUAUGCUUGUUAGUUCGGGCCGAGUCUGAUGGCUCGCUUCUCUUGGAGUCGAAAAUCAGUCCAAACACAGCAUAUCAGAAACAACAAGACACCUUGAUUGUUUGGUCAGAAGCAGAGAAUUAUGACCUUGCACUGAGUUUUCAAGAGAAAGCUGGCUGUGAUGAAAUCUGGGAAAAGAUUUGUCAGGUCCAGGGUAAGGACCCGGCCCUGGAGAUCACCCAGGAUCCCGUUGACGAGUCGGAAGAGGAACGUGUGGAUGAGCUGCCAGAGACCAGUCACCUGGUGGAGCUACCCCCCUGUGAACUUGCCCGGCUGGAGGAAAUCGCCGACCUGGUGACGUCUGUGCUCUCGUCGCCCAUUCGCCGGGAGAAGUUGGCCCUAGCACUCAUGAGCGAAGGCUAUAUCAAGAAGCUGUUGCAGCUCUUCAGGACUUGUGAGGACCUGGAGGACCUUGAGGGCUUGCAUCAUCUCUAUGAGAUUGUGCGUGGCGUGCUUUUCCUCAAUAAGGCGGCCCUCUUCGAGGUGAUGUUCUCCGACGAUUGCAUCAUGGACGUUGUGGGCUGCCUGGAAUACGACCCGGCUCUUGUUCAGCCCAAGAGGCAUCGGGAGUUCCUCACCAAGACGGCCAAGUUCAAGGAGGUGGUCCCCAUCACAGACUCAGAGCUUCGUCAGAAGAUCCACCAGACGUACCGAGUGCAGUACAUCCAAGACAUCAUCCUCCCCACACCGUCCGUCUUUGAGGAGAACUUCCUGUCCACGCUCACCUCUUUCAUAUUCUUCAACAAAGUGGAAAUAGUUAGCAUGUUGCAGGAGAAUGAAAAACUCUUAACAGAGGUGUUCGCCCAACUAACCGAUGAAGCAACAGAGGACAGCAAGAGGAGAGAACUGGUGAACUUCUUCAAGGAGUUCUGUGCUUUUUCACAAACAUUGCAGCCCCAGAACAGGGAUGCGUUUUUCAAAACCCUUGCAAAUCUAGGGAUUCUGCCGGCACUGGAAAUAGUGAUGGCCAUGGAUGACCUCCAGGUAAGGGCUGCAGCCACCGAUAUCUUAUCCUAUCUGGUGGAGUUCAGUCCCUCCAUGGUGCGCGAGUUUGUCAUGCAAGAGCCUCAGCAGGCAGAUGAUGAUGUGCUGCUGAUUAAUGUGGUGAUCAAGCAAAUGAUCUGUGACUCUGACCCAGAGUUGGGGGGAGCUGUGCAACUGAUGGGCCUCCUGAGAACGCUAAUUGACCCAGAGAACAUGCUGGCUCCUACCAAUAAAACUGAGAAGACUGAGUUCCUCAGCUUUUUCUACAAAUACUGCAUGCACGUGCUCACUGCUCCAUUACUGGCCAACACUGCUGAAGACAGCGACUCAAGCGACAUACAAGAGGGGUCUACAAAAAUCAACCGAGUGUGCCCUGAUAAUUUCCAGACUGCCCAGCUUUUGGCUUUGAUAUUGGAGCUGCUGACCUUCUGUGUGGAGCACCACACGUACCACAUGAAAAACUACAUCAUGAAUACAGACCUGCUGAGAAGAGUGCUUGUGCUCAUGAACUCCAAACACACCUUCUUGGCACUGUGUGCACUACGAUUCAUGAGGAGAAUCAUUGGGCUGAAGGAUGAAUAUUACAACCGCUAUAUCAUCAAAGGGAACCUGUUUGAGCCAGUCAUCAACGCCCUGCUUGACAAUGGGACACGAUACAACCUUUUAAACUCUGCCAUCAUCGAGCUGUUUGAGUUUAUCAAAGUGGAGGACGUCAAGUCUCUCAUUGCUCACAUUGUGGACAAUUUCUACAAAGCACUUGAAUCCAUCGAGUACGUCCAGACAUUUAAGGGCCUGAAGGGGCGCUACGAGCAGGAGAAGGACCGACAGACCCAACGCUUCCGCAGGUAUCGCCGCGAGGCUCGACCUGUGGAGGACGAUGAAGAAAUGUGGUUAAAUGAAGACGAGGAUGACGAGGACGAGGCUGCGGAAGAGAAGGGCCGGUCAGAUGAGGACUUCCCUGAGAGUUAUGAGAAGUUCAUGGAGGCCAAGAAAGUUAAAGAGAGUGAGGACAAAGAAAACCAUCCAAAGUGGACUUCAGCUGGCAGCUUUAAGCUUACCUUGUCUCAUUCUGCAGGCGCUGCUCACGGAGCCAAUGGCGCCAACAGCAAAGCGGCCACUUCCACCUCUGCCACCAGUCCCAAUGGUUCUUCAGCCAAGGCAGCUGCUCUCCCUGCCACUCCUGUCGUAAAGACGGGGCUGGUAGGACUUGUGGAUUAUCCAGAUGAUGAAGACGAAGAAGAGGAGGAUGAGGAGGAGGAACAGUCGCCACGGAAACGACCCCGUCUAGGCUCAUAAAGAAGUAAAAAGCUAAUCCUGAGGUCUGGUGUCCCAUGGUGCCACAGUGUCACGGUCCACUGGACAAAGAUCUUCCUCACCACCCCUUAUCCCCCCCACCCACUCUACCUCCUGCUCCCGCACAGCCACAGCCGCACAGCCUGUGGACCGGAGGAGCUUCCCAAUCGCCCUCCUCCCUCCCUCCCCACUCUCCCCAGGACCCAGGCACACCAGCAGGGUUGUAGCACUUCCUCACCGCUACAAAGCUCCCUGAUUGGGAGCAAAAGGGGGGUGACGGGAGGGCCAGUCAGGCUAGCAGGACUAGCCCGCUCAGUGAUGGAAGCUUGGCAGGCAGACCCUUAAAAGAGCAACGUGUCCUUUUUACUUGGGUUGGGUGGAGAGAAUCAGGCCAAAAAAAAGAGGAGGUGGGAUGGCAGAUUUAAAAAAAAAAAAAAGAAAAAAAAAUGUUUGAAAUGAAAUGCAGCUUCUGAAAGGUGAGCAUCAGAACUUGAAGAAUGGAAAAGCUCCCCCUACGGAGGCUCAAGUGGAACUACAUCAGCCAGGAAUCUUGUAUUCAUGAGUCUAUUAAAAGUACUGUACAGCAGUUUUAUUUUUUUCUUUUUAAUUGUUUGCCUCUUUAAAUGAUUUUUUUAAUGGGGGGAGUCAAUUCCUGCCAGUGUAAUACUUUUGCACAAGAAGGUGGGACCACUGUUUACCCUUUUAAUCAGAUAAUUUGACUCAUUGUAGAAUAGUCAUGAUACUGAUUUUUAAUAAGAUGUAUUAAACUGCAGUUAAAAAAAAAAUCCUCUUGCAGCUGAUUGGCAGACGUUUGGGGGUCUGUUUGUGAUGUUGCUCGGUUACAGAUUUAAAAAGAUGUGGCCCUCUGCUAUGUCGAGUCUCCAGAAGUGUUUACGUUCUGAAGAGUUCCCUGCACCAGCGGUCGGCUCUAAGAACCCAGGCUCUCGGUAGUUGUGCUUUAGGUUUUCUGUGAGAUGUUUUCUGUAAGCACUGAUGGUUUCAACCAGCCUCUCCCACCAUGUAGACAUUCCUAUCGACAGAUGUAGCAAAAAUCCACACCAGAAAUGAGAACGUUUCAGAUUGAUAAUUAAGAAUUAAGACCUGUGAGGGCCCAAUUGUAAAAAAAUUCAAAAAAUGUCUAGAGCGCACUGUAGGUUUUUGUUUUACUCCAUGGAAAUUUUGUAAAAGUGCAUUUACUACCACUAUCUCCACUCUAAACCAUUUGUAUACAUUUGAUAUUUGGAAAGUUUUCAGAUUAAAUGUGAGCCUGGCAUUAAA